UGUUGUGUUGAGUCAAUUCGUGAGUUUUGGUUGUCAGUAGCACAAGAAUUUACAUUUAAUAAAGCAGGUGAAAGAGUUAUAAAAAAUUAUUUGCAAAAACAUUUAACAUAGUGAUUUCCAUGCAAUGGGUGACGAAUUGCUUACGCCUUGCCAAACACAAAAUAUGGAGGAGGUAAAAAAAGACCCAAAAGUUAAAAAAGACCCAAAAGCCAAAAAAGUAAGAAAAUCAGGAGCACAGCGUAUACGUGAAUACAGAGCGCGAAUAAUAGCAUUUGAAAAGGAAUACGCUGCACGUAUGAAAAAUUUAGGAGACAAACAAGCUGAGAUGCGUGCAAAUCCAUCAAACAAUGAUGAAGUAGUUGUGCUUGACGACGAUAUCAGCGCAGAUCCAACGCAGACAGAGAACCCUGCGCCUUGGGAAACUGGCGCUUCAACGGAUCCAAUUGAAGUUGAUAUGUACGUAAUAGACGAUGCUGCGUCACAAGGCUCCGUCAAACAAGAUAAAUCGUUUAAUAAACGUAUCAUACGUUAUGUACGAUGGCAACGUGUACUCUAUGAUCCAGCACACCCAAAUUUUGGCAUUAUUGAAGCGAAAGUGGAAGCCUGGGAGAAAAUAGCAAAACAAAUGAGAUGUGAUGUGGAUAUCUGCAAAAAUGCUUGGGUAAACUUGCGUUUUUGCUAUCAAAAAUAUGUCCGUCGAUUGCGUAAAUUUCUUACCAAUAAGGGCGGCAAAAAGCGCAAGCGCAGGCCAGUUAUGGCAUUUGAGACUGAGAUGGUGUUCCUCUGGCGCUUCAUUGCAGACAAAACACGUUGCCGACUGCCCUAUGACGAUGCUAAUCCAGCAGAAAAGGAAAUGCCGCCUGUACAAAAAGCUACAGAGGAUGAUGAUAUCGUUUUUCUAGAGGACGAUGUGGAGGUGAUUGAUUUAGAUGACGAUGCGACUAAUUCAACAAAGCUGUUGACGCGCCAAAUUAAAUGUCAAUUCCAAAUAACUCCAGAAGUACGUAGACUGGUGAAUAACAUUGAGCCAUAUGACGAGUUAUACGAUAGCGAUCAUAGGUAUUAUGAAGAUUAUCGGCGCAAAGGUAUCAUUUGGAAUGCGAUCGCGAAUGAAGUGGGCGAUAAAGCUACCAAAUUAAUGAAAUGUUGGAUACAAAUACAAACACGCUAUGAAUGGGAAAUAACGCAGCGGCUGAAAGAUGGUGAAUUAUCAACGACUAAGCCUGAAAGCGAACUGGAACAUCUGCUGACAUUCUUCAGGCCAUACAUACUGAAAAUGCCACAAACAGUAUACAAAUGCUCCUACUUCCUAAAGCAAGAAUGGAAUGAGCCCAUCGAUCACUUUAAAAAUAUCUUUAGCCUCCUUGUUGUCAUGAAAAGAUUCCCGUCGGUGAUUUCUCUUACCGAAACGGUUUCAAAGGCACUCGCAACAAACAGCAGCGCCGAAGUCGAUGAGAGCUACAUGGCAAUAUGGGACGAUGUUGCAGUGGGCAAAGGCGGUUCCGUUACAUCUGGCCAAUGCGAAGUCACUUGGCUUAUUUUACGAUCGUUCUACUGGGAGCUGGUCAAUAUGCGCAAACACAGCUACCAGUUGCAGGAUAAAUGGUAUUUCGAAUCAAUAAUCGCAGAAUUGUAUUCCCUGGCGAAGGCACAAAAACCCGCACGUCCAAAAACUAAACAAAGUAUUGGAUCACUUAUGUUAUCGUCCAUAUUAUGUGAUGAAGAAACGUCUACACCAACAGCGUCACCCGUUUCUGAACCGAUAAACAAACCAAAUGAACAGUUAGCUGAUCUACCUAAAGCCAUUCCCAGUACCAUACAACAGCCGAUUGUGCCACUUAAGCCCAUUGAAACGCUUCAACUACCGCAAGUAUCACCAAUGACUUCGAGUCCUAUCGUACCAAUAUCAGUUAGCCUCGAUGAAGAUACAAUAAGUUCUUCGAAAAUCGAUACAAAUAGUGGACAGGUUAAGAACGUCAAUAUCGAUCAAAAUAAGGGGCCGGUUAAAAAUGUCACUAUUGAGACAAAUAAUGGACAAAUUAAGAAUGUCACUAUUCGAUCAAAGCAGCAGAAAAAACAAACGCCUAUCACAACAUCCGCCGCGGCCCCCUCGUUUAACACAGCUACCACCUCCACCUAUUCACCCUCGAACUUGGUUGUAACGCUAACAAAAGUACAGCCGAAAACACAUGCAACUAUCGUACAGCAAGAGUCGCAAACAUCUUAUCCACAAUCGAAAUCGCCACAAAUUCGCGUAAAAACACAGGCGCAAUUGCAAGCAGAACCGCAAAAACCUGUAAAAAUGUUUGUUCAGACGCGUCCGCAAUUUCAAAUGUACCCACAAACAUCAACACAGACUCGGCUACAAAUGCCGCAGGCAUCGCAAAUACAAGUACGCUUACAAGCACCGCCCCAGCCGCCAAAUCCAAUGCAGACCAUCACCCUGCCGCGUAUGCCACAGUCCCAACAAAAUACAUUUCAAAUUCUCCCGAUCACUCCUAUACAAGCGCAAACAAAGAUGUCUAAUAAAACUAAUCAAACACAUCAAACACAUCAAACACAUCAAACGCAUCAAACACAUCAAACACAACAAACACAUCUUCCAACACAGCCACAAUUACCAAUUAUGCCUGCGAAUAUGGGCCAGCUAUUGCCCCCUGUGACAAUAGAACCACAAUGUGUUCAAAAUCAAACACAAACUUUCGAUACGAUUAAAACACCGAAAAUUGUAUCGGCUGUCAGUUUAGCGCCACGUGCAGCAUUCUCUGCGCCCUUCAUUAAUAAAGGCCUACAAAUAACAGCAGUGACUUCGGGCCAGCCUGCUACACCACCACCGCCUCCGGCACCGCAAACGAUGCACCCAACACUCUUACCACUACGUGCGACCGCUCCAGCUGUGCCCCUGCCUGCUCCCGCGCAGACUGUACUUUCGCCAAUGGUGGAGCCAUCAGCACUGUCACAACGUCCUUCAGGCAUCAUAAAUCUACCUUAUUCUUUGCCGGACAAAACAAAUAUUACUAAAUGUCCGCCAUUGAGUAACGUCUCCAAUAAUAAAACAAUCUCCACUGUGAUCCCUCUGCCAAAUGCUAAUGCUGUUGUGCCGCCUCCUGCCAUAUCGCAAACUACGUUGUCUACAAAUAUCACAAAACCUAGGCCGCCAACUUCAAUCGAGUCGAAAAUACCAGCUACAGUUUUGGCUCGACCACACUUAACACCAGCGUCACAGCUUAAUGCAAACGAAAUAAUGAUCGAGUUGAUUAGCUCGGUGAAUGGUAACCAAUUGGUAGUACAUGGUCCACCGUUGGAUCAAAAAUAUUCGCUGCCAAUGAGCACAACGGCUAUGUUUAUCAGAGCGGUGUUAUCCAUUCCAUUUUUACAUAAAAAGUUCCCCAGCAAUGCAGCGCAGGUACAAUUCUGUUGGGCGUAUUUGGCAAAGCGCUUCAACUUGCCCGUGCAUAUUUGCAAAGCCUGUUGGAAUUUUCUAUCGGAGAACUUUACGCAUUUUCCGCAAAUUGCGCCUAUGGAAGAGCUGACGAAGCCUAUAAGAAUCGCUAUCAAAGUGUGGCAGGAAACUAACACCUACUUCCUAACAUUCAACAAGAAAGCAGCUCAAUUGGGUUUACUACCCAUAAAAGAUUCGGUAGAAAAAUUCUUCGAUAAUAUCAGAGAUCAGACGAAAAAUAUACCACGAGUAUCUGGCGCAAAAUUAUCAUUUAUCGCCGAUUGGCAAGCAGCUAUUCAAAUAAAUCCCGUCGUGUCAAACAAAAUAUGGUACAACACAUGGACGCUGUUCAAAAACGGAUUCUACAAAUACAUGCGUGACUUGGAGAUUGGCAUCGAUAACAAAUGGUCAAUAGAGUGGUGGCGUGUAUUGGCCAAGUUAGACUUUUUGCUGGAAGAACAAUAUCACAAUAGGGAACCUUUUUAUUAUAUAGUGCGAAACAAAAUGAUUGACGAAUUCGAACGCUGCGUAAGAGAGGAACAGAAAUAUCUGGCUGACGCCUCAAAACGCAAAGAACUCAUGGCUAAGAAAGACACAGUAAAUCCAAUGUUACAAAAGAUACCCGACGUAGAUGCAUACCGAGUGAUAUUGGCUGUGCGUCGUUAUCCGCAAAUUUACCAAAAAGCCACCGAAGCAGAGAAGAAUAAAGCGUGGGAAAGUGUGGCGUCGGAAUUGCAAACAAGUGUAACAUCGUGCCGUUUUGCAUUCCAAUAUGCCCUGAAAAGCUAUCGUCUUUACGUAGCGCGUGAUCCGGCGAGUCGUUGUCGACUCAAUCAACGUUAUUACAAACAUUUGUCGGAAAUCUACCGCAUUGUGAAACCUACUAAAAAACUUAAUAUAAAAACGCCGAUGGAACUGAAUCAAUCGGUAACUGAUGGCCUUGAUUCGAACGAACCAGUAUUUCCCGAGCGAUUCAUUAUGGAUAUUAAUAUGGGCAACAGCAGCACAAAUGUGGUUAUGAAGAAUUGGGGAUACGGUUUGAGCUCAACUGUAUCGACUGAGAGAUUGGAACAGCUCUUUGAGAAGUAUCGUCCAGCUGCUGUUUCUUUUGAAAGCUGAGCAGCAGCGCAGUAAAGGAAGAAAUCUGAGUCAGAAACUGUCUUAAAAUAGUUCAACAAUCAAUUUACAACUUUUCUUUUUUAUUUUUACAUACUAGAUAUAAAAUAUCAUUAGGGCAUGCUGUAGGUCGGAGUCAUACUAGUUUAUGUAUUUAAUAUAAUUGAUUUUUAAGUAAGAUAUUCAUAGUGUAAGUGACGUUCAUGUACAAAUGUUAUUACACACCAGAUGCUUUGAUAAUUAUUUAAAAACACAGCUCAGCUUAAAUUUCUAUAUAAAAAAGUAAAUACAAUGGAA